UAUUUUUCUAGAUAUUUCAAAACCAUGGUCCUGACUAUAUGUACCUUUUUGGUUUCUUCCUGGGGUGUAUCUGGAUUAAUAUCUCUUCGCUAUCACUAUACGCACAAAGUGUCGAAACCCUUUGAAUCAUUUGAUUUUCUCUACGACAAGCCAUGGCAAAGAGUGGGUCCCUAUAUAAUGGGUAUGUUAGCGGGCUAUAUAAUAUUCAAGGUACGCUCUCCCCCUAAAAUAUCACAAAGGGUAAAUAAUUUACUAUGGUUUUUGAGUAUGGGCUUGAUUAUAGUGAUAAUAUUUGGGGUGUGGCAAGGGGAACUAAAUGAGGUGACCACUGCAUUUUAUGUGAGCAUAGGUCAUACAGCUUUUGGCUUCGGUUUAAUUUGGGUGGUUUUAUCCUGCUGUUGGAAUCUUUCACCCACCAUGAAUCGCAUAUUGUCCUACCGCUGCCUAUGGCCCUUAUCACGUCUCACUUAUUGCACCUAUCUAAUACAUCCCGUUAUAAUGCUAAUCACAGCCUAUCGCAUGGAUGGCACUAUUCAUCUGAGUAAUGUUUUUAUAUUGAUCAUAUUUCUGGGAAAUGCGGUGGUCUCUUUUAUAGUGGCCUUUUUCAUAUCGGUGGUAUUUGAGGCACCGGUUAUACGGUUGCUUAAAAUAAUUUUUCGUAAAUAGAAAAAGUUUGUAGUUUGAUUGUAAAUAGAAUAUUAUACAUUUUUGAAAUUCUAGUGACUGUUUUUUUUUUUAUAAUAAUUUAAUAGAAUUUAAGUUUUAGUAUUUUAUAUAAAGGUUAGAGGUGGUUUAGUUUUAAGAUUAUCGGAUUUAACCAAAUGAUUUUAUAUUCUUGCCUUUAUACAAUUAAGUUUAUUUUAGUUUUAAAAUAUCCUUUGUAAAUAUUUUAUUUGUUUUUUUCUCUCAAUCAGUUAAGUAAUAUGUGUAUUAUUUUGUUUAUUAAUUAUAAAAAUAUAUUUGUAUUUAAGUCCAAAAUUUGACUUCAAAUUAUUUUUUUUAUGCACAUGCAGACAGACAGUCAGGACAUUUGAUUUAAAUCCUUAAUAAAUUUAUAAAAGAAAAAUUAUAAA